AUGCCACCAGUGAAAAGACUGUUUACUGACGAGGAAGAUGAACGAUACUUUAAAAGAGGGAAUAUUACUGAAAUUGAUAGCCAAAUUGACGCUGAUAUAGACGAGUACUUUGCAGCUGGCUCUUCAGAGACGGAAUAUGAUAAUGAACAGGAUUUUUUGAAGGAAUACCAGGAGAAUGGAGAAGACAAUGAAGAAAUUCUGGAUGAUAUAGAAUGGGAAGAUAUCCCUUUAGAGAGGUCUAAUGAAGAACAGGAUCUCACAAUAACGAUAGACAAAAGAGAUCAAUCUAGAAAAAAGAGGCUAGAAGCUCGAAGAAGAAAUUCUAUACUGCGACAGAAAAUACUUGAAAUUAGGAAAAUACAAUUUGGACUGCAUUUAGUCAUGAUCCCAAUUUUACUGAGGACACUUCAAAAUAGAGUCGACUGGUGUAAAGACCAGAGGUUGAACAGACGACUGUUUAAAUCUGUUCCAAAACUUAUAGUGAAAAAGUUUAAAAAAGAUAUAUUUUCCACUACAGGAGAAAUUGGGAAGUUAAGAACAUUAUUGCUGGGCCUCAUAUUCUGGUUCAGAUCUAAUUACAAAAUAAAUAGCAAUGGAUUUCGACAAAAUUUCAUUAGAUUGGCUUAUUUACUGAAAUUCAAUAGCUCAUCGUCGGGAUACACGAAGAAGUUUCUUGACAUAAUGAAUGGUCAAGAAAAAUAUUAUGGAUCACGUCCUAUUCUGGAUAAAGAGGACCCAAUUGAAACUAUUAGAAGUAUGGCCAAGAAAAAGAUGGCCAACAGAGACAUCUUAGUCAUCUUUUUCCUCAUAAUACUGAAAAAUACGUUACCGACUUACCAAAAACUAUCAUUGUGCUUUGCAUUACCACUAAUAAAUUACAAGAGUCCUAUAAACUUGAAACACAUAGCAAGCCAAAUGGAAAAUGGUGAAGGUCAAGUACCGAAUAAAUUUGAUUCAGAUCUAUUAGAACCUUAUUUUUGGAUUGAACUAACUAUGGCUGGUGCAGAUGAGAAGAUGAUUAUAAUAGACCCUAUCGUACAUCUAGAAAAAGACCAAAUGGUCUCAAAAGUGCAAAUUGAUGAGAGAGUUUCAUUUUUCCAGCCAUUGGAUGAUUUUAAGUUGAAUAUCAAUCAAGAUUUCACAUAUGUCGUGAGUAUCGAUAUGGACACUGAAGUAAUCACGGACGUUUCACCACGAUAUCUUGGUAACUUAUGUUAUAGAUACUUUGAUUUCCCCCCAGAUUCAGUAUAUAGAAGAUCUAGGAGUUACUUAUCAUAUCUGUGGUUUGAAAAGUACCUGAAAGCCCUCAAUAAAGUAGAGGACGUUAAAGGGAGGACCAUUAUGAAAUCAAUAGCUUUCAAGCACUAUAGUGUUCCUACUACGUUGAAAGAACUGAGACAAUCCGAAAACUUUGUCACAAUGGAACAAUUGAAUGCACAUCAACAAAUCAAUUUCUCCGGCUCAAGACCACCAUUGCUGUUCAGAAAUAAAGUCCCUCUUUAUUGGAAGGACCAAGUCAUUAAUCUAAAAAGUGAGCAGCAUUGGCUAAUAUUGGGAAGAAGAUUGAAGGCUGCGAUGAGACCAAGAAGAAUGAAGAAACACGUUAAUAACAGAAAAUAUGAAAUCAAAGGAUUAUACUCAUUUGAUCAGACUCUACCGAGUUUGAGACUACCUAACACAAUUGUCGAUCCUGAAACCGGUUCAAGGAAGCAAAUUGAAGAUGUAAAUUAUUACAAGAAUAAAUAUGGUCACGUUGAAAUUUAUUGCGAUUCAUUGAAACCGAAAGGAUUUGAGUUCUUCCAGCUAGACCCCAAUGGAAAGAUUAAGGCACUAAUCAAACAAUACAAUAAAAAAAUAAAAGGUAAACAUAGUUUGAUGCCAUUCAUAAAAUAUGUCGAAGUUGUGAGUGGAUUCGAUUUCAAACAAAAGCGUGGAUUUGCAAUUCCUCUGAUAAAUAAAAUUCUCGUGAAGGAAAAUGACCUGGAUAGAAUCCGACCCUUGGUUCAAGAGAGCAACGAAUUGGAGGGCUUACAGUGCUGGAGGAAAUUUUUGAGUAGAAUGAGUAUUAGCAAUAGGUUGGAAGCGCAGUAUGGCGAUGCUUGA